AUGGCGCUGGCGCAGCCCCGGGACUUGGAGCAGUCCUUGGCUCUGGGCAGGAGGAGGCACAACGAGCUGUGCCGGCAGAAACGGAUCUUCGACGCCAGGAGCAGGAUCAUCGGGGGAGACACAGAAGCCUGGGAUCUUCAGGUUCGUGACCAGAAAAUAAAAGAAGCAACUGAAAAAGCUGGACAUGAAACUUUUGCUGCUGAAAUGAGGCACAAUGACAAAAUCACAUGCAUAUUAGAAGGCCGGGAAAGGAGGGAUAAGAAAAGCCUCUGUAAAGCCAUCAAUGAGUUCCAGCAGCGCUUCCAGAGGCCAGAAAUGCGCCGUGAAUUUGACCUAUCAGACCCCCUAGCCCUUAGGAAAGACCUUCCAGCUAGGCAGUCGGAUAACGAUAUCCGGAAUACGGUAUCAGGAAUGCAGAGAUUCAUGGGAGAGGAUUUAAACUUCCGCGAGAGGAAGAAAUUCCAGGAGGAACAAAACCGAGAAUGGUCCUUGCAGCAGCAGAGGGAGUGGGAGAAUGCCCGCGCCCAGCACAGAAGUGCAGAGGAUCUCUGCUUGAAGACAAGGCUGCAGUUUGAUGAAACAGCCAAGCAUUUGCAGAAUCUGGAAAGCGCCACCAGAAAGGCAGUUUGCGCAGCCGUGAAAGAAUUCAACAAGAGCCAGGCCACCGAGUCACUGGAAAGGAAAAUCCGAGAGAAGAAACAGGAACAAGAAGACAGCCUGGCUGAGAUCUCCAACCUGCUGCGUGGAGACCUGCUCUCGGAGAACCCGCAGCAGGCAGCCAGCUCCUUCGGGCCACACCGCGUGGUCCCCGACCGCUGGAAGGGCAUGACCCAGGAGCAGCUGGAGCAGAUCCGCCUGGUCCAGAAGCAGCAAGUCCAGGAGAAGCUGAGGCUUCAGGAGGAAGAGCGGCAGCGGGACGUGGACUGGGACCGUCGGAGGGUACAGAUGGCGCGUGCCGCUCUGCUCUCAGAGCGCCAGCAGCAGCGCCAACGGCGCGACCUACGCAGGGCUCUGGACUAUAGCAACCUCAGCCUGGCCAAGGAGCAGCGCGUGCGGAAAAAAUAUAUGGAGGAAGUCUGUACAAAUCAACCUACUAAAGAUUAUUUCACGCAAUUUAAUACAAGAAGUCGGUAAUAGGAGAGACACCCUUUAUGCCUAAAAUGCAGUAGCUGUGAAGAGUCACAUUUUUU